AUGGCAUACAUGCUACUUUAUGUUGAUGAUAUUAUUCCUACUGCUUCCUUAGAUUCUCUCCGAUGCUCCAUUAUGGCUCUCCUUGCCUCGGAAUUUGCUAUGAAGGAUCUGGGUCCUUUGAAUUAUUUCCUUGGCAUUCAUGUCACUCGACAUAAGGAUGACAUGUUUCUUUCGCAACGCAAGUAUGCCGAAGAAAUCAUUGAUCGAGCUGGGAUGUCUUCUUGUAAGUCUACUUCUACUCUGGUUGAUACUAAACCGAAGGUGAGCGGCACAUCGGGUGCUCCUUAUGAUGACCCGACUCACUAUCGCAGUCUCGCAGGUGCCCUUCAGUAUCUUACUUUCACGAGGCCAGAUAUCUCUUAUGCUGUUCAACAGGGUACAAUUGACUAUGGUUUGCAUCUUUAUCCGUUCUCAGUUACGGACCUUCUUUCCUACACUGAUGCGGAUUGGGGGGCUGCCUUGACACACGUUGGUCAACGUCUGGUUACUGUGUCUUUCUUGGGGAUAACUUGA